AUGGCCGGCAAGAAGAAGCGUAAGCGUCAGACUGAACCAAAAAAGAAAGAUUCCAAACAGAACACAAACACAGAUCGUGCUUCAUUUGAAGAUAAGAAACCUAAAUUAGACGAUAAGCAGAAUAAAUGGUCAAAUGAGCCUUUAAAACAGUUGAUUUCAGGAACGAAAGUUAAAAGCGAAAACAACGUAUCAGAAGGGUCGAGUGCACAGACGUUGGAAGCCGAAGAGUGCAAAUACAUCCCGCCCUUCACUCGGAAGACUAAGAUAAUCUUGAGAAGAGAUAGAGGCUCCGUUUCUCCUGGUGUGGGCACGGGGCAAAUUAACCGACCUUGGAAGGGUAGAGAACGGAAUGCUGUGAAGAACCAACCAAGCCCGCGGAAUAAAAACACUAACGAAGAAGUGUCUUGUACGAACGACUCGCCCAAGCAGGGAAAAGAAGAAAAAGAGUUGGAGGAAGAAGUGGAGAUAGAUGUUGUAGGAAUGAAUGGAGUGGUGAUGUUGGAUCAGGCGAAGAAAGACUUCCCUUUAGCCAUUACUAGUUGGGCAGUACCUGCAGAUGUAGAAGGCAACAAUUCACUUAUAGUGAGUGGACCUCUUUCAUCUUGUUCUUCCAGUACCAUGCAAGGAGAUAUUUCAGCCAUUGUUAUGCAGGUCAUAGAUGACCUCUGUGAAACCGUUAUUAGAUAUGGAAACCAGUGUAAUGACAAAGCCUUGGAGGAGCAGCUGACCAAUGCUGGUUCUCAGACACUACUUGCAGAGGAUAAUGAAGCAGUGGCCCUAACAACAACAGCAGUGGAAGGGCAAGAGCAUUGUGGGCAUGCUAUGACAACUACAGUGAUAGCAGAGGAAGAAACAGCAGCAACAAUUCAUAUGCAUAAGGACAAGAUUUGUGCAGCUCCAGUCAAGCGAGUUGCUUCAAAACAUGCCACUGAAGAGUGUCAUGAGGGUGUGGAAGAAAGUCGUGUACCAACCUUGCAAUCUUUUUGUCUUAGGUUGGAAAAUGAACUAAGGAUGAGACAGUACGGGGAAUAUGAUCACAAAAAAUGUAAUUAUCAUGGUGUAGUCAGCAGUAAAAGUAUAAAUGAAGAUGAACUGAAACAUCUAGGAGUAAAUGACUUGAUAGUUAGCAGGCCAGUGGUGCAGAAAGAAAUUUUGUUUGGACAAGAAAGCUCAUCAGGAAAUGUAGGUAUCCAAGCUGUAAAUACAUCAGUACCAUUAAUGGAUACUCAGUUCAUCUCUGCACAAUCUCUAAAAGACUUCAUUCAACUUGAUGGGGAAGCAGAACAGAGACAUGAGAGUGAUGAUGGACAAUCCUCCAAAACAGAUGAUAUAUCAACUGAAAAUAGAGAUCUGGCAGUGACAGAGCAAAAGGUGAAUAUGGAAAAACAGAAGGUUGUGGACAAAUUAUCCUUUGGGAACCAUUCUGAUGUAUGUGGAGCUUAUGACCAGGGGCAGCCCAUCACUGAGCAAGGUCUUGACCAGAUGGUCCCAAAUGAUUAUGAAAACAGCACUGUGAUAUCAAAUGAAAUUCCAGAAGCAACAGAAUCCACAAGAAUGUCAACAAUGAAGGAGAUAACUGUGGUCUUUGACAAAAACAUUAAACAUGUAACAGUUGUCCAAACAGGGCCCACCAAUACUGGAAAUGGUUCUAAUCUGGAGUUGUCUCAGUCCCUUUGCACUGCUCAGGAAUCAGAACUUGCUAAAGAGGAAAACAUAACAGAGGACCAAACCGUGACUGGUACCAAGCCUACUGGUGUAAUUGAGCAUGAAGAGUUGAUACUAGAAACUGAAGGAGAAGAAUCUCAUGACAUGAUACAAAGCAAAAGUAUAGAGAAUCCAACCAGGAAGCUGGAAGGAAGGUUCUCCUUUUUUGGUUCUGAUACCGACUUUUUGGAAUUUGAUAGCAUAAUGGACUGCACAGACUCUCAGCUGGUUCAUGUAGAUGAUUGCUUUGAUGAAGAGCAGCUGCCCUUAAGGCCUUUGAAACAUGACCCAAGUAAUGUAUAUAGUGAGGUUGGAGGUGACAGAGUUGAAGGCGAUGUGGAGGUUCCGUCUGACAGAGGAAUGAUCAAGGGAUUGAUCAGUGAGCUGUCAACAUUGAACAAAUUUAUGAUUGGAGCAUGGAAAGAUUUGGAGAGCCAGAGGAAAAAGAGGCAAGCAAGACUGAAAUUAGGGAAGGCAAAAAAGUUUAAAUAAGAUUUGAUAUAAUAUCCUCAUGUUUAAAGUAUUAUUCGCGUGUUUGGUGUUUUACUCCUUGCAACAUAAGAGAGCAUUCCUGCAAGAAAUUGAAAUUGUAACUCAGUUUAUGUUCUAUUGUGAUCAACUGUUUCGACUACUGUCGGCUUGGGUUGAAGCAGUUCAAAUUUCCAAACAGAACACUUCACCCAUUAAUUUGGGCUACAGGACAAACAUUUAGAGGAUACUUCAGUAAGUUCAUUUAAUAAAAGAUUUUUGAGAUUAAUUAGCAGUGAGCACCUGGGCAUGUAUCUGCUGUUUGUUGUCACAGAGUAUCACUAGCAGCAGAAGACCACACUUGCUGGUGAAAUGUCCUUGAGAACAAUGAUAGUGGCCCCUCAUGCUUUUUCAACCAUUUCAACCUGGUUUGAUACAGGUUUGAAAUUAUCAACUAAAGAUGAUUUUUCCUGUUAGAAUAAAAAACAAACAAACAAACACAACCACCCUGGUAUGGUGAUUCCCAAGAAAGCUUGGCCUCAAUGCAUACAAAGAUGAUUCUCAUGUUUGUUAAUACCAUGAUAUAAUUUAAGCUUUUUGAAGUUGAGUUUCUUUGGAUAGUGCUUAAUUUACAUUAAUUAUUUGUGAAAUUUAGGGAACUUCUCCCUUUUUGAUGACAUUACAGUAGACAACUUCAAUUAAGUAUCGAGAGAAUGUCUUUUUACCUUUUUUCUUAUAAUUUUUAAGG